UUUUAUUCCUUCAUUAAAAAAAGGUCACAAAUCGAUAUUGAUUACGUGUAAAUUAAAUCAAACGUCAGUAUUUAAAACGUGACGAUUGUAAAUAAAAUAAGAAAAGAAUUGUUGCGUUAGUUUUCACUCGUUUUGUUGUCAUUUAAAAUCGUAGCACAUCUCAACAAUAAAAAAUGUACGGUUUUGUGAAUUACGCUUUGGAGUUGCUGGUGCUGAAAAAUUUUGGAUUAGAAAUAUGGGAGGAAAUUAAACAAAAAGCUGAAGUGAACAUGGAGGGACAAUUUCUAGUUAGGCAAAUAUACGAAGAUAAAAUCACUUACAAUCUUAUAGGUGCUGCUGUAGAAGUUUUAAAUAUACCAGCUGAUGCAAUUCUAGAGCUUUUCGGUAAAACAUUUUUCGAGUUCUGCCAAGAUUCUGGUUAUGAUAAAAUCCUUCAAGUGCUUGGAGCAACGCCAAGAGAUUUUCUGCAGAAUCUCGAUGCCUUGCACGACCACUUAGGAACAUUAUAUCCUGGAAUGAGAGCGCCUUCUUUUCGAUGCACAGAAGAACCUAAUGGAUCUUUGAUUCUCCACUAUUACUCAGAACGAGCCGGAUUAGAACACAUUGUUAUAGGAAUAGUCAAGGCUGUUGCCUCAAAGCUUCAUGGAGUUGAAGUGGAUAUUAAAAUAAUUAAGCGCAAGGGAGAUCCAAUUGUUACAUCGUCAAGGGUCGAGAACAGUUGUAAAUUUGAUUCAAAAGAACCUCAGCAACACCAGUUAAAAGCAGAUAAAAUAAAAAUGAAUGAAUCAAAAUGCGAUUCAAAUGUUAACAGCAACAAUCAGAACAAUAAAAGUAAUAGCACGCAAAUGCCGUCGAAUGACAGUUUAUGUGGAGGUGGUGGUGGAAAAUCUUUUUUCACCAAUGAAUUAACAAUUAUCGACGACGAAGACUUUAUGAUUUCAUCAUCGAAACUUCAUUUUCAACAAGGAAAUGGAUCAAUUUUGAAUCGAAAGAAAGUUAAAGUGGCUGAUCACAUUCAAUUUUUGAUAACAGAAAUUGGACCUGUAACACCAAAAACACCGAAAACUCCAAGCAAUCUGAAUUCUCAGAAUGAAUUCGAACGUGAACCUCCAGACGACUUUGAAUUGGUUGCAGCGCAGCCUCUUGUUUCACCGCAAAUAUUUUGUCAAGUUUUCCCAUUCCACAUGAUGUUUGAUCGACAAAUGCGUAUUGUUCAAGCGGGAAAAUCAGUAGCACGUGUGAUACCAAAAACAGCAGAAGAAAAUUGUCCCCUUCUUGAUGUUUUUGAGCCAGUCCGACCACAUAUUCAACUCUCAUUUCAAACAAUCUUAGCUCACAUAAGCACAAUUUAUGUCUUGAAAACAAAACCUGGCGCCAUGCUGACAGAUGAGACAUUCAUGAGAUUGAAGGGCCAAAUGAUGUACAUCGUCGAGACCGACCUUAUAAUGUUUCAAUGUUAUCCAAGUGUUAUGAAUUUGGACGAUUUGACUAAGAAAGGUCUUUGUAUAUCUGACGUGCCAUUGCACGAUGCAACACGAGAUCUGGUCUUGUUGUCUGAACAAUUUGAAGCAGAAUAUAAGCUUACACGAAACUUGGAGAUUUUAACUGAUAAGUUGCAACAGACGUACAGAGAAUUGGAAAGUGAAAAGCAAAAAACGGAUCAGUUACUUUAUUCAGUUUUACCGAAAACUGUUGCAAACGAGCUGCGACAUCAAAGACCUGUUAAUCCAAAACGAUACGACUCAGUUACACUUAUGUUCUCUGGGAUAGUUGGAUUCAGUCAAUAUUGUGCUGCAAAUACAAGUGCUGAAGGCGCUAUGAAGAUUAUUAAAAUGCUUAACGAACUCUACACUAUCUUUGAUUCACUCACAGAUUCCAAGAGCAAUUCAAAUGUUUACAAGGUUGAAACAGUUGGCGAUAAAUACAUGGCUGUAAGUGGAUUGCCCGAUGAAUGCGAGACUCAUGCAGUUUGUAUAGCUCGUCUUGCUCUUGACAUGAUUGAAAUGGCAGAAAAUGUCAAAAUGGGAUCUCAUCCGGUUAAAGUGACGAUUGGAAUUCAUUCUGGUGAGGUUGUGACGGGAGUGAUAGGACAUAGAAUGCCACGCUAUUGUUUGUUCGGAAAUACUGUCAAUCUUACUUCACGAACUGAAACCACUGGCAUUGCGGGAAAAAUUAACGUUAGCGAAGAGACGUACAAGCUUUUAUGUGACGAAAUCAACUACGAUCCAACGCUAAACUUAGAAUACCGUGGGCCUGUGGUGAUGAAGGGAAAACCGGAACCAAUGAAGUGCUGGCUGUUAAGUCGUAAAACCAGCUCCAAUCAAUCACUGACAACAUAGACAAUUUUAUGUCAGUUAAAUCCUUUCAAAGCCUCAAGCGUCAAGUUUUUGUAGAUAAGUAAAUAAGAAUGAUAGUCAAUGAAACUAAUUGCACGUGGUUAUUGAGUUAAAUUACGUUCAUUCAUGCUGGCUUACAACAAGAUACAUAAAAAUAUUUUAAAACUUAUUUAAGAUUGUAUCAGCAGUUGAUGGAAACUCUGGAAAAGUGAAUAAAAAUAUUCUUUGCACUCAAUGAUGUUUCUAAGAGUAUGUAGAAAUUAUGCGCAAAUACGUAUAGCAAAUAGAGAUGAGUAUUUAUGUUGCUUUACUUUGUUUUCUUUAAUAUUUAAUAAGAAAAAACAUUUCGUUUCACCAUUUUGAUUAAAUAUUUUUUUAUAAAUGUUCUGAGUGAUCUGUUUAUGUUGAACUUUAUAUUUUCAAGUGAGAAUCAAAAUGUAAAAGUGUUUCAAGGAAACUUAGAUAUAUUUAAAUUAAAAGCUUUAUGAAACUGUUUAAUAAACAUUGCAAUAACCGAGUCAAAGACAUGAACAAUUGAUUUGGAAAGUUUUCUGUAAUUUUGAUUGUGUCUCAGGCAGGGAAUUAAAUUCAUUGACAAACAUGCAGCAAUGAAUAAGAAUACUAAAUCAUGUAAUUGAUUUGUACAAAUUAUCGAACAAUUGAAAUCGAAUAAAACAGUUGGAUUACGAUUAG